GCCAAUUUCCUUAUCAUUGUUUAUCUUGAUUCCGGUUUUAUUCCCGAUGUGAUUCAUUGUUUUCGGAUUAUUAAGAAGCAUAGAUUACGUAUUCCGUUUGAAGGUUUUUAUCGAGUUAUUGAUCAUGUGAUGAAAAUGAAUCCACCAUUGAUAGCUUGGGGUGUUUAUAAGGAGAUUUUGGAAUCCGGGUUGGGUGAUUUAGAUGCAGGGUUAGAUUAAAGAGUGUAAUGGAGGACAAUGGGGUUGUUCCUGAUGCUUAUACUUACAGUGCUCUGAUCAAUGGGCUCUGCAAGAAGUGCUCAAUGGGUGUUGCAGAUGACCUGUUUGAAGAAAUGUGUGAGAGAGGUUUAGUGCUCAAUGGGUGUUGCAGAUGACCUGUUUGAAGAAAUGUGUGAGAGAGGUUUAGUGCUCAGAAAGGGUGUCAAACCUGAUUUGAUUACGUAUGAUACACUAGUCGUCGAUGGGCUAUAUAAGAACGGGGACUUGAUCGAGCACAUAAACUUGUCACUCAAAUGAAUGAAAAGGGUUUAAGGCCUGAUAAAAUUACAUACACUGCACUUAUCCAUGGGUAUUGCAAGGAGGGAGAUUUGGAUGCUGCAUUUGAGGUCAGAAAAAGGAAUGGUUGAAAAUGGAAUAGUUCUUGAUGGUGUGACAUACACCUCCUUUAUUACAGGUUUAUGUCUGCAAGGGAGAGUAUCCAUUGCAGAGAGGAUGCUAAGAGAAAUGUCGGGUUCUGGUAUAAAACCCGACGAUGCAACAUAUACCAUGGUCAUUGAUGCCAUCUGCAAGAAUGGCGAUGUUAAGAUGGGUUAUACUUCAGAUUUGCAGCUCCAGAAAAUCCUCACGCCCUGCCCCACCCUGCCCCAGAGCGUGGUGAGUGGAACAGAAAACUGCAAGGUUUUAAAGUUAACUUCCCGUUUUAUCGAGGAUCUAUUAGAUGGUGUUAAAGGCAGCUGCAUAUAUAUAAAGUUGCUAUUUUCAGUCCUCACAAGUAGUUUCGAGUUUGCUAGCUAAAUCAUUGAAUUCGGGAUGAGGAUCAGUGUAACGAUGCCAUACCCAGGCCUGCAUGGCUGCAUCCUUGCAUUGUAAGGAACUGGGUAAUCUGGCAAUGCAUGUUCAAACUCCAAAACAGAAGCUACAUUAUGUGUGAUAUGAGACUUAGAAUGAUGAUAUGAGAAAGUUUUGCCUAUAUUAUAGAAGAGCAACUUUCUCAAUAUCAUUUCAGAAUCUGCAGAUAGGAAAAGAGGCUAUUAGUUGAUAUACCUGCAGGCUGGCUGCAGCAAAGUUCAACAAUCAUUUUACCAUGGACCAUCUACCUUAUAAGAUGUAUCAUUGACAUAAGGUUCAUUAUUAAUAUGGUGAAUAUUCAGUUUUAGUACAUUGAAUUUUUAUUUUCUAAAGGUUUACUUUGUGUACUGAAUGUUCAUUUUUAGAAUUUGAGGUAUAUUAUGAAAAAUGAACAUUCAAUAUACUAAAAUGAACAUAUUUAUCCGUGGUUUA